AGCAACUGUAACUUGUAUCGCCUUGGCAAAAAGAAAGGACUGCCCAGUCGAAUGGUGGUUUCCAUUUUUGAUCCGCCGGUCAAUUGGCUUCCUCCUGGUUACAUCGUGAACCAGGACAAGAGCAGCACUGAUAAGUGGGAGAAAGAUGAAAUGACAAAGGAGAACUUGAUGGCUAAUGGCAAACUUGAUGAUUAUGAUGAUGAUGAAGAGGAUGAAGACCUAAUGUGGAGGGCACCCAAGGAAGAAACAGACUUUGAGGAUGAUUUUCUGGAGUACGAUCAGGAGCAUAUCAAAUUCAUUGAUAAUAUGUUAAUGGGAUCAGGGGCUUUUGUGAAGAAAAUUUCUCUCUCUCACUUUUCAACCACUGAUUCAAACUACGAAUGGAAAGCACCCAAAAAGUCAUCCCUGGGCAAUGUUCAGUUCUCAUCAGAUUUUGAUGAUUUUGACUACAGCUCUUGGGAUGCAAUGUGCUACCUGGAUCCUAGCAAGGCUGUCGAAGAGGAUGAUUUUGUAGUGGGCUUCUGGAAUCCAUCGGAAGAAAACUGUGGUGUUGAUGCGGGAAAACAGUCGAUCUCGUACGACCUGCACACAGAGCAGUGUAUUGCUGACAAGAGCAUUGCGGACUGCGUGGAGGCCCUGCUGGGCUGCUACCUGACCAGCUGUGGUGAAAGAGCUGCUCAGCUUUUCCUGUGUUCCCUGGGGCUGAAGGUGCUCCCUGUAAUUAAAAAGACUGAUUGGGACGGCACUUUGUGUGCUACCAGAGAGAAUUGUAUCAGUGAGCAGAAAAACCUUUCACCAAACUCUGUUUCUGCUUCUGUAGCUAAUUCAGAGCCUUCUCUGUACAAAGACCUGGAGUAUGGCUGUUUGAAGAUUCCACCGAGGUGUAUGUUUGAUCACCCAGAUGCUGAGAAAACCCUAAAUCACCUUAUUUCUGGUUUUGAAAACUUUGAGAAGAAAAUAAACUACAGUUUUAAGAACAAGGCUUAUCUUCUUCAGGCAUUUACUCAUGCCUCGUACCAUUACAAUACCAUUACUGAUUGUUACCAGCGCUUGGAAUUCCUGGGAGAUGCAAUUUUGGACUACCUCAUAACCAAGCACCUUUAUGAAGACCCACGGCAACACUCUCCAGGAGUUCUCACUGACCUGCGAUCCGCUCUAGUCAAUAAUACCAUUUUUGCAUCGUUGGCUGUGAAGUAUGACUACCACAAGUACUUCAAAGCGGUCUCUCCUGAGCUGUUCCACGUUAUCGAUGACUUUGUGCAGUUUCAGAUGGAAAAGAAUGAAAUGCAAGGAAUGGAUUCUGAGCUCAGAAGAUCUGAAGAAGAUGAAGAAAAAGAGGAAGACAUUGAAGUACCAAAGGCCAUGGGGGAUAUAUUUGAGUCCCUUGCUGGUGCCAUUUAUAUGGAUAGUGGAAUGUCUUUGGAAAUGGUUUGGCAAGUGUACUAUCCAAUGAUGAGGCCAUUAAUAGAAAAAUUUUCUGCUAAUGUUCCCCGUUCCCCAGUGCGAGAGCUGCUGGAGAUGGAGCCAGAGACAGCCAAAUUUAGCCCUGCAGAAAGAACUUAUGAUGGAAAGGUCAGAGUCACGGUGGAAGUCGUAGGAAAGGGAAAGUUCAAAGGUGUUGGCAGAAGCUACAGGAUUGCCAAAUCUGCGGCUGCGAGAAGAGCACUACGAAGCCUCAAAGCAAAUCAACCUCAGGUCCCAAACAGCUGAGACUCCUCUUCAAAAUGAGUAAAAUGGGGGAAAAAAAGCAAAUACACAUAAAGCAAAUUUUUAAAAAUGUUGAUGUUGAGAGGAACAAAUUGGAAGACAGAAUUUAAAGUUUGUUUGAUAACAGAAUAGAUAACAAAACGUUUAACAUGUAUGAAAUUUUGGAACUAAUUGUAGUUAUAGUUUUUUGCGCAAACACAAUCUUGUCUUCUUUCCUCACUUCUGCUUUGUUUAAUCACGAGAGUGCUUUAAUGAUGACAUUUAGCAAGUGUUCAGAAUAAUUGUUGUCAGGUCUUUUUGGUUUACUUUUCUUGUCAGUACAGCUUUGCUUAGUGUUAGAAGGCCAGGGAGCUUACGCCUAAUGCAGUUGCUAGAUUUAUAUAUAGUAAUCUUGAAAUCCUUCAAUCUGUGCACUAGUGCCAGUCAUAAAGCAGUUGUUAAACUGUACUGGUUGAUUUGGUGUAAGAAAGAAUAAGUGUGCCAGUAUUCUCCUUUUUUUUUUUUCCUUUUUAUUUUUUUUCUCCUCUCUAUGUCAUCUUUUUACAUUAAGAUGGCAUUUCCCAAUCAUUAUUGCACUUGUUUCUUAGGGACAGAUUUUAAUUGAAAUGGCUGGCAUACUGGUAGAAUGAAACUUCAGUUUCCUUAUGCCACACAGUCUUGAAUAAA